AUGGCGACCGAAGCGGCGUCGCCGCAGCCCUGCAACCGGUGCAAAGAGCAGCCGGCCACGCAGGAGCUCCGGACGGAGCAAGUGUGCAAGACCUGCUUCGCGACCUUCGUCGCCACAAAGGCCGUCAAGCGCCUCGAGGUGCAGCAGCGCGAGACGCGGGGCACGCGCCCGCCCACAACACAGUCGCAAACACAGCCUUCUCACCCUCAUCCGCAGCGCUACCUCCUCGCGCUCUCAGGCGGCCCGUCCUCAGCCGCGCUCCUGCACAUCGUGUGCUCCAACGCGCGACGGCAGCAACAGCAACGGCAUGAGCGCAAGGGCAAGCAGAAGCCGAAGCCGCGGUUCGAGAUCGUCGUCGUGCACGUCGACGUCUCCCUCUCCCCCUUUCCCCAGUCGCAAGAGGUAGACUCAAACCCGCUACUUGACGGAUUCCGCGCCGCGUUCCCAGACGCGGUAUUCCACAGCAUUCCCCUUGCAAAAAUCCUGGAAUCCCGGUCUAUCGACUGGAGUUCGCUACCUCCCCUGCCCCCUGACAACAACGACUCCCUCACGCCCUCGCACCGCCUAGCAUCCCUCCUCAACCGCCUGCCCUCCCCCUCGUCCCGGUCCGACGUCCAGCGCUUAUUCGUCCGCCACCUGCUGCUCAACGCGGCCGUCGAGCACGCCUGCGACGUUUUGUUACUAGGCUACAGCACGACAGCGCUAGCAGAACUAACACUAGCCGAGACGGCCAAGGGCCGCGGGUUCGCGCUGCCGUGGAUGGUGAACGACGGGGUGUUCCCGGUGCCGCGCAGUCUCACCCACCCCAGCACCAUCACCAUCACCAUCCCCAUCCCCGACACAAAGACACAGACACAGGAGAGGACAGAGACGAUAGAAAUCCCCGUCUACUCCCCCCUCCGCGAGCUCUUCCGCAAAGAACUCCGCGCCUACCUCUCGAACGAAAACCCCGAGCUCGCCGCUGUCGCCGAGCGCCACACAGAGGCAACAGCGUCAGCCUCCGGAAGUGGCGGUGGUAGCGGUGCCGUGGUCUCGCACCGCGACCUCAGCAUCGACGACGUCAUGGCGCGGUACUUCGCCGAGGUCGAGACGGCGUACCCGUCCGUGGUGGCGAACGUUGUGCGCACGACGGGGAAGCUGGCGCGUGGGUCUGUGGCGGGUGGACAGUCUCGGGCAGGGUCGGGAGGUGAAGAUGAAGACGAAGAAGGAGAUGAAGGAGAUGAAGAAAAGGAGACGCGGUGCGGACUGUGUAACGUGCCCCUGGAUGCGGCGGGCGAUGAGCGGUGGAGGGGCGAGAUAGGAGAUGACGAGAUGCCGGCAACGACGGCGACGACAGCGGCGUCCGGGACUACGGGGACGAGGCCGCGGGCGAAGUUGUGUUAUGGGUGUGAGAGGUCGGUACGUGGGUAG